AAGAAUAAAGAAAAACACAAAGAAGAAGAAGAAGUGUUUACACGUCAGUCGGUCGGUGUCCGGUCGCUUACAUAUUUCCAGUAAAAAAAAGCCCAAAAGUAGUGAAAAAUCCCAUUUCCGUACUCCUUCAUCUCGAUCCCUUCGGAUCCGGCUGAUUUGCUGCAAGCAGAAACCUCGGAGGGCUGCUUUUACCAAACCUGCCGGCAACGCGACUACGUGUGCAGAACGCAACCCCUUGUCUGGCCUGCGUGUAUAUGUUCGUGUCAUCCUAUCUCCAGCGGACCACCUCCUUCUGUACUGUUGAACCAUUCUGAAGUCUUCUUUUCCAUAGAGCCAAAAACAAACCAACCACCAGCGGACUGUUGGAAAGAUACGCGGAUCGGGCAAACCAGACGAGGAAGACCAUUCCUUGCCCAUAUUACACCAAAGCUGCCCCACGAUUGUACCUAGAACCUUGCAAGGGAGUGGAGUAAUUUGCAAAAAAUGAAUAUUUUCAGAUUGGCCGGCGAUUUGUCGCAUCUGCUUGCAAUAAUUUUGCUGUUGAUAAAGAUAUGGAAGACGAGAUCAUGCGCUGGCAUAUCGGGCAAAUCGCAGAUCCUCUUCGCCAUCGUCUACAUUAGUCGCUAUUUGGACCUGGUGACGACGUUCAUCAGCGUGUACAAUACCUUCAUGAAGCUGGUCUUCAUCAGUACCUCCGUGGCCACAAUUUAUCUGAUGUAUGUCAAGUUUAAAGCAACGUACGACCACAACCACGACUCUUUCCGCAUCGAGUUUCUGCUCGUUCCCUGCUUCCUGCUGGCCCUGUUGAUUAACAACGCGUUUACCCCACUGGAAAUCUUGUGGACCUUCUCCAUCUACCUGGAAGCGGUUGCCAUACUGCCCCAGCUGUUCCUGGUCAGCAAAACUGGCGAAGCGGAAAGCAUCACCAGCCAUUACCUGUUCGCCCUGGGAUCUUACCGUGCGCUAUAUCUGCUGAACUGGAUCUACCGAUACUACGCCGAGGGCCAUUACGAUCUGAUUGCCAUCUUUGCCGGCGCUAUCCAAACGAUCCUGUACUGCGACUUCUUCUAUCUUUACAUUACAAAGGUUCUUAAGGGCAAGAAACUUCAGCUGCCGGCGUAAGUGCAUUUGUUCAGCAGCAGUAGCAACAGUGAUGCAAUGGAUGAGGAAUAAACAAGAACUAUUCCUGUGUGCGGAUGUACCAUUAGCCACGACGUGAAACAAUACAUUUACAGUUUAACUUUGCACCCAGGCCAUCAUUGCAUUACGGUCAGGAUGAAUAAACGAGAUAGAAAAGGAGGAACCGUUGCGCCAGUGAAUUUAGCUGUGGUGAUCAAACGAUCACCACUUUUCAUACAAAUGAACAGACUAAACUAUUGGUCCACUUAAGGACAGUUCAAAUAACAGCGCGACUUUAACUUUAGUUUUACAUCUCUACUAACCAUUCUUACGUUUUCCGUUAAGUAGCUAUUCUCGCGCUACACACUCUUCCUGCUACUUGUGUAAUUGUGUAUUUCUAGGCUUAGAUGAAGAAAUGUUAAGACGCAGAGGAAGAAAUAUUGCUACAGAUUGCAUAUGAUGUGUAGGGAGAGAGAAAAAAAACCCUUACCAUACUAUUUCGCACAGUUAGCAUGCAAGAGAUACAUUCAAUAAAUAUCGGAAAGCUGAAAACAAUCGAAAUUUCCACUCGACUUCAAAGCAA